AUGGCCACUAGUGUUCAAGUCCCCACCAAACUCAGCGCUCCAAAAAAGACUGCAACGGAGACCGAGGACAGAGCGGCUGGAGACCAGAAAAGGCGGCCAUCGUCAUCCUCGGCCAAGCAGCCCCACACAAGGCCGAAGACCCUGAACAUGUCCCAUCACGAGACGAAGCAGCAGACAGAGAUGCUACGCGAGAGACUGGGAGAUGUGGAAAGCAGAAAAGAUACGCAGCAACGUGCAGAUAAAAUGCAGCAACAACCCCAGGCGUCCCCCGUCUACUCCCAGGUGGUAACCACUAGGCUGAAUCGGUGCGAUGAAUCGGAAGGAGAAAUGCGCCGUAUAGAUGCACUGCUAAAUACUCUAGAAGACAAGUUGGUGAGUAAGCAUACUUGCCGUUUGAGUCACAAAAAACGAUGUAGUAUGGUGCUUGUUGACUGGUUCUCUUUUAUACCCCUCACCACUUGUCAAUGA